CUGUGCUGCUGACUGCAUCACAGCUGCGUGUGGAAGUGUACCGCAUAAUCAUCUCAAGAGGAACAAGGAAAAAAAAAUCUGAGUCGUGGUCGCCUCCCAGCGCUCCGCUCACGUCCUCAGGCUUUAAAAAGGCGAGAAACUGGUCGGAUCAGUCCACUAGAGAAAUGGCAGCCGAGCGGAUCGGGAUCACGGUCAAAGAAGAUGAAGAAGACGACGAGGAGGAGGAGGAGGAGGAGGAGUACAGGUGUAGUAUCCCGAAGAGACAUGCUCGGGUUACGGUGAAGUACAACAGGAAGGAGCUACAGCGGCGCCUCGACGUGGAGAAGUGGAUCGACGAGAACCUGGACCGGCUGUACGCGGGUCAGGAGCGCGACAUGCCAGACGAGGUUAACAUUGACGAUUUGCUCGACCUUCCAAAUGAUGAGCAGAGAGUCAAAAAUUUGCAGGAGCUUCUUCAAAAGUGCAGGAGUCACACAGAGACCUUCAUCAGAGAGCUGGUGGCCAAGCUAGAGGGACUUCACAAGCAAGAAGAGCUGCAGAGCAAAGGAAUCGAGCAUCCGGUCAUCUGCCAUGGCCACUACCGCCACGAGCCUUAUCACUUCAACAACCCACACCACCACCACCCCUAUCCCCAUACCCAAGGGCAGAAUCACAGCCUCUGAUGACCCUAUAAACACACACACACACAGUUGUGACCGUCAUCCUGGAUUACAGAAGGCAAUGUCAGUGAACCAGGUGUUUACAUGUAUUCUUUAAAAAUGCAUUAAAAGUAAUUUGUUGAAGUGCUAUGA